AUGGAACAGAUUCUUGAGUCCGCCACGUCUGGUAAUAGACCUCUAUUGCCUUAUCAGGAAUGGAAUAUUGAUUUCUCAGAAUUGACUGUUGGAACUCGUGUUGGAAUUGGGUUCUUUGGAGAAGUCUUUCGAGGUGUUUGGAAUGGAACAGAUGUUGCAAUAAAGGUUUUCUUAGAGCAAGAUCUAACUACUGAAAACAUGGAAGACUUCUGCAAUGAGAUAUCCAUUCUUAGCCGUCUUCGGCAUCCAAAUGUUAUUUUAUUUCUAGGUGCAUGCACAAAGCCUCCACACUUAUCAAUGGUUACAGAAUACAUGGAGAUGGGAUCCUUGUAUUAUUUGAUUCAUUUAAGUGGCCAGAAGAAGAAGCUUACCUGGCGAAGGAGACUGAAAAUGUUGCGUGACAUAAGCAGGGGGUUGAUGUGCAUGCACCGGAUGAAGAUAGUUCACCGCGAUUUAAAAAGUGCGAAUUGUCUCGUGAAUAAACAUUGGACUGUCAAGAUCUGUGAUUUUGGGCUCUCAAGAAUAAUGAACGAGACAAACAUGAAGGACUCCUCCUCUGCCGGAACUCCAGAAUGGAUGGCACCUGAACUUAUUCGAAAUGAACCCUUUACCGAAAAAUGUGAUAUUUUCAGCCUUGGGGUGAUAAUGUGGGAGCUCUGCACUCUAAAUAGACCGUGGGAAGGUGUUCCACCGGAGAGGGUAGUUUAUGCUGUUGCGAAUGAGGGUUCCCGAUUGGAAAUUCCGGAUGGUCCACUGGGCAGGCUUAUUUCGGGUGAGCAGUUGCUUAAGCUUAAUGAAAAUAUUGUUGGACAGAACCGGAUGAUCGGCCAAGCUGUGAGGAGAUACUCUCCCGCUUGUUAG